AUGCACGCCCUCCACGCCCUCCACACCCUCCUCCCCCUCCUCCCCGCCCUCCUCAUCACCCCCGCCUCCAGCUCCCCCACCGCCCUCCCCCCCGCCCUCACCGCAACCCUCCUCUCCACUCCACACACCACCCAACUCUACACCUGCCCAUCCCCGUGGACCUACUUCUGCUUCCGCUCCGGCACCCCGCCCACCGCCACCUCUUCCUGCGAAUGCUACGCCAUGACUCCCGCAACAUCCACCUGCCCCCCGGGGACAACAAAGUACUGCAGCGACUACAUCACCACCGAGUGUUCCUGCUCCUACCCCAAGCAGCCCGACUGCCCGCCCAUGUUCGACUUUGAGUGUGUGCCGGCCCCGCCGGAGAUGCGGAAGGAGGCCACGUGGGUAUGUACGUGUAGUGGGAGGGUGUAUGGGGAGAAGGCGUGUCCGAGGGGGUUUUCGAGCCGGUGUGGGCCUGGUGGCAGUGGGGGCGAGGGAAGGGGGUGUAGGUGUAGGAGAAGUAGGGGGUAUUUGAGUAUGUAUACGCCGAGGCCGGGGAAGGGGAAGGGAAAGGCGGGGGGGAUGGGGGAGGUGGAGGUGGGGGAUAUGGUGGAGCUAGUGGAGGUGGAGGGAGAUGAGAAUUGGGGUAGGUUGAUUAGUACUACUCUGGAGAUUUAG